UUGUCCAUGCCAUUCGUUACUGUUUCUAAAACUAUUUGACUACCUAGUAGUUUCCUUUGUAUCUUCUCAUCCUUCUUUCCUGCAUUACUGCCAAACUAUUAUGUCACAAAUGAAACGAGGCCGCAAGAUAACGUAUACUAGCAUUGAAGAGAGAUACCAUCACUUGGAGCUGUCUACGCUACAACAACAAACAUUCAGAUAUAAUAACCAAAACGUGGCGGAUAAACGUGUUGGAUCAACCAUGGUGCCAAACCGAAUAUUUGUCGGUGGUUUAGCCAAUGGCACCUCAGAACAAGAAUUGCGAAAUUUCUUUUCAAUUUAUGGAGAAGUUAAAGUUGUAAAAAUUGUAAAAGACAAAGCUGGUUCUCUCAAAGGAUUUGGUUUUAUUACUUUCGGUUCUGAAGAAGAAGUCAAAAAAAUAAUUGAUGCUGGUCCCGUUCUGAUGUUUAAAGAUAAACGUAUCAACAUAGCUCCUGCUUAUGAGAAAGAUAUCAAAAGCAAUUACGAUUCCAACAGCCCUCCUCAACAACAAUCACACUUAAUGUCAUAUAGUAGUCAAGUUCAGCAAUAUUCAGUUCCUCCAUUACCAACUCCAGCUCAACCAAUGUUAGCACCAGUUAUGUAUACUUAUCAAAAUGGGAUGGCUUUUUUUAAUAUGCCAAUCAAUGGGAAUACUGCUGUAACUCCUCAACCUCCUGGUCCACAAAACUCGUCAUCAACCGAAUCCCUCCCUAAUGUAUAUGCAGCUCCUUAUGGAACACAAAGUACUACUAGCAUGCAAGGUUAUAGUGGCCAACCUAUAUUCUAUCCAAAUCCAGUACCUCAAGUUCUGGUACAACAAGCUUACCCUAACUUACCAGUGAGCUCAGUUUGUAACAAUACUCAAGGAUCAAAGGUUCUUUUUUCGAUGCCUUGUGAUACACCUUAUUAUUCGGGAACUCAAAUGUCUAAUAUGAUACCUACUCCUGAUAUGGCCUAUCCCAUGCCAGUCAUGUCACCAUAUAUGCCUUAUAUGGUCGCAACUUCUGAUGGUGGUUAUCCAUAUUAUGAUCCAGUCAUGGAAAAUAUUCAGCUUGUUCAUCAACCGGUAUUUACUGAACAGUGCGCAAAUCCUAGGCCCCCUUCAUCAGAUGCUUCGGUAGGACAAGCGCAAGUAAUUACCACGAAUCAGUUUGUAUCACUGAUGUCCGUAGUUAGAAAUGACGAGGAAAAACCUCAGACAUAUACACCUGAACCACAGCAGUUAUGCCUAACUCCGGUCAUAAGUUUAGCAGAGCCUCCGCCACAAACAGUCUCUCAACCAAUAGUUUCUAAGCCCACCACGUCGUCUACUCCGGAUCCUGAAAAAUCUGACCAAUCACCCAAUCAAUUACUUAUGACUCAAAUUCAGUAUAAUAUUAGACACCCCCCACCUUCUAUAAAUAUACGUCCAGAACAAAAGGACUGUGCUAAGCAACGUGGUGAUGCUCAUCAAUAUCAGGGCAACAACAAUAAUUUAUCUAUUAAGAAUAACAACGACUACAUGAAAAAUGGACCCAAAAAGUAUCUGGAGGCUCGCACAUUUUAUAAAACUGGGCCAACUACUAUACCUCAUCCUAGGCAUACUAAUAAUACUACUGGUCCUAUGGUCAAUUCAUCUUUUACUAGCCCGUUUUUUGUUCCUAAUUCAAAUUUCCGUCACCGAUUUCCUAAAAUGCACUAUCCUGCUGUUCCUCAGGUGAUGUUAAAUCCAAAUUAUCCUUAUCACAAUCAGGGAAACGUACGCCCCUCUAAUGGCCAUCAGAUGUUCAACAACAGAGGAGCCAGGUAUGGUGGCAAUAACUACCAAAGCAACAAGAAAAACUACAGUUCUUACAAGGGAAAUAGAAUCAAUCGCUAUACACCUGACCAAGGCGAUAAUCCUGAAGUUUCCAGCAGUGAAGAUAGUCGUGCAGACCAGAUAACCAGUGUUGAUAUAGGCCCCCCUCAGGUAGAAGGCAUGUGUUCGGACAUGAGGUCAAUGGCCAUUUAAAAAUAAAAACAAAGAAUUACCGCUUUCUUAUAUGAUCAAAGUUAAAUAGCUCCAACAAGACUGGCCAGCUCCUAAUAUUUUUGAUUUUUUAUAGUAUUAUUUAACUUAAUUCCCCCUCCUCAAACUCCAGAAAAUGGCAACGAUCUUGGUCGAUAAAAAAUAUAUUUAUAUUUAUACUUGCAAAAUAUUUCGCCCUCUGUGUUCAAGAUUGUUAUUUAUUGAUAAUUUAUAAACACUUAUAGUAGGUAGAUAUGCAAAUUGUGGCGACCCUUUAUGACAAAAAAAGGCUGUUUUACUGUGAUAAAAAAUUAUUUAAAAAAAUAAAUAUCCAUUGUUAAGGCACCUUAAGUACUUAAUCCAAAAGUCUUAAUGAUUUUUGCUCAAUAGUGCUCGAAAGAAAUUUAGGUCUUAUAUAUCAUAUGUAUAUAUAUAAAUAUAUUUAUAUUUAUUAUAUGUAUUUUAUAUAUUUUAUCAUUGUUAACAUAUACUAUUAAUGCCGAAUGUUA